AUGGAUACCACAGAAUUUCGAAAAAGAGGAAAAGAGAUGGUGGAUUACAUUGCAGAUUACAUUGAGAAGAUAGAGGAACGACAGGUCUAUCCUGAUGUAGAGCCAGGUUAUUUAAGAGCCCUCAUUCCAGAGUUUGCUCCUGAAACACCUGAAAGAUUUGAAGACAUCCUUAAAGAUGUUGAAAGAAUAAUUAUGCCUGGGGUGACUCAUUGGCACAGUCCCUACUUCUUCGCCUAUUUUCCUACUGCCAACUCUUUCCCUGCUCUUUUGGGUGAUAUGUUAUCUGGGGCCAUAGGAUGCAUUGGAUUUUCAUGGGCAUCAAGCCCAGCUUGUACCGAAUUGGAAACAGUCAUGAUGGAUUGGCUAGGAAAGAUGAUCAAUUUGCCUCCACAAUUUCUGGCUGGGAAAGAUGGAGAAGGAGGUGGGGUAAUCCAGGGAACUGCCAGUGAAGCUACCCUGGUUGCCAUGCUGGCAGCUCGAACCAAAGCAAUCCAUCGUAUUCAGUUAGACAAUGAAAAUCUGACUCAGGGAGAAAUUAUUGGCCGACUGGUAGCUUAUACUUCUGAUCAAGCUCAUUCAUCAGUUGAAAAGGAUGUCUUGAUUGCUGGAGUGAAAAUCAAACAAGUUCCGACAGAUGACUCAUUUUCUGCCCGUGGUUCAGCUCUAAGAAAAGUUAUAGAUGCAGAUAAAGCUGCCGGUCUUAUCCCAUUCUUUUUGUGUGCAACUCUUGGAACUACAACAUGCUGCUCCUUUGACAAUCUGCUAGAAUUGGGUCCCAUUUGUAAUAAGGAGAAUAUUUGGAUGCAUAUUGAUGCAGCCUAUGCUGGGAGUGCUUUCAUCUGCCCUGAAUUUCGUUACCUUCUCAAUGGAGUAGAGUAUGCAGAUUCAUUCAACUUCAACCCUCAUAAGUGGCUCCUGGUCAACUUUGAUUGUUCUGCUAUGUGGGUGAAGAAGAGAUUGGAUUUAACAUGUGCCUUUAAAAUAGAUCCUGUUUACUUGAAGCAUGAUCAUGAUGAAUCUGGAUGCAUUACAGAUUACAGGCACUGGCAGAUUCCUUUAGGUAGAAGAUUCCGUUCUUUAAAAAUGUGGUUUGUGUUCCGAAUGUAUGGUGUGAGUGGAUUACAAGAAUACAUCCGCAAGCAUAUUAGGAUAGCACAUGAAUUUAAGGACUUGGUGCUACAAGAUGAUCGAUUUGAAAUUUGUGCUGAUGUUAUAUUGGGAUUGGUAUGCUUCCGAUUAAAGGGCAGCAAUGAACUUAAUGAAGUGCUUCUUAAAAACAUAAAUGAUGCCAGGAAAAUUCAUCUUGUUCCAUGUCAUCUGAGAGAAAAAUUUGUGCUCCGUUUUGCAAUUUGUGCCCGCACAGUGGAAUCUUCCCAUAUCCAGUUUGCCUGGAAGCACAUCACAACAAUGGCAAGUGUACUUCUGAAAAAACAAGAACAGAGUACUGAAUAAAAGACAAAAGGCUGGAUUCAACUCCAAAUGUAAAGGAUAACAUAAAUUCUCUCUUGUCUGAUACUUGUCUGUCACUACCAGGACCAUAUAGUGUUGUAAUUAGAUUGAGUGGGUUUAUAGAUAAAAGAGUAAUACUGAUAAUCUUCAUUUAAUGACCACUUGUUCAGUGACUACUUGAAUUUGUGAUAGCAUGCACUGAAUGGUAGUUAUGAGUGUCUCUUAUUUUUAUGCCUGUCACAGUAUUUUGUGCUCAUGUGAUUGCUGUUUGCAAUCUUAUUUGCCUACUUCUGACAAUCAAAGUCCAUCGAGAAGUCAGCAGAAUAUUGCAAAUGGUGACACAUGACAUCCUGCUUAACAAUCUGUAGUUAUUUUCAUAACAACCAGAGCAUCAGAAAUGUUGUUGCUAAGUGGCACAGUUAUGUGACAUCAAGCUUUAUAACAAUGCUGCUUAGUAACAAAUUCUAGUUCCAAUUAUUGUUGUUAAGGGAUGAUUACCAAUAAUGGCUAUUGGUGUUCAGAGGCCAAAUGCCAAAAACCUUAUCAUUAUCCCAAUAUGUACGAACCUGACUGUAAGCCCUGACAAUGUGAUCUUAUCCUGUUUGACCUCAACAUCUUCUAGGUCUUGGCUAUUGGCAGAAUAUAACAAUGAAUCAAUCUGCCUGCAAUAAUUUAUCUUUUUAGGCCAGUGGUGAUGCCUUAUGGCAGAUGAUAGCAAAUCAUAAAGAUCAGAACUAUCAGAUAAAAGUUUGCUCAGCUAGAAGACUCUGUUGUCACUUGUUGCAGUGCAGCAAAUUAAAAAAUGACAUUUGGAGGGAUGGUAGACAGCACCACUGCUUCUUUUCUGAUAACAUUCACCUUACCUGAGCCUUGGUGGUGCAGCAGACUAAAGUGCUGUUAAGUAGCACUUAGCUGCUAGCUGUCUGCAAUUACUGCAAAUUCAAAUCUCACCAGGCUCAUAGUUGACUCAGCCUUCCAUCCUUCCGAGGUAGGUAAAAUGAAGACCCGGAUUGUGGGGGCAAUAAGCUGACUUUGUAUAAAAAAGAACACAGUUUAGGGGGUGCCAAAAGCCCUACUAAGCAGGUAUAUACAAAAGUAUGAAGGCUGUUGCUUAAUGCGUUGUAAGCCGCCCUGAGUCUCCGGAGAAGGGCGGCAUAUAAAUCUAACCAAUAAAUAAAUAAUAAAUAAAUACCUCUGACCUUGCAAUUUUCAUCUCGGACUUUGAAUAUUUGCAUUUUCAAGUUUUUCCUUUCUAGCAUUCUUUUUUUCUUUUUGAUAAAGAAAAGGGGUUUUCUGAGAAAAAAAGUGAGUUUUAUUGCUAUUUCUUCUUAACUUUAGUUAUUUAAACAAAUAGGCUUUUAAUGAACUGAAAUUAUUUGAAGACUAUUUAUUGAAUUAAGAAUCUUUUGGUCCAACAAAUGAUAAUUGGGGUAAAACUAUGUAAUCUUGUCCAACCAUGCUUUCUCUUGUUAUAGGUUUGCAAGUAUAGAGAAUUAUUGAUUAUACAUUAAAAAAAUGAUGAAAAUAUUGAUAACUCGCUGAGUCACCUCAAGCUGGCAUAUAAUCAUAUAAACAUAUAAACAAUAAAUAAACUCAAGUCUAGCACCAUGACUCUAAUUGAAUUACAUUACUGUUGAAAGUUAAUGUUUCUGUGUAAUUUUCUUGAAGUAAUUGUGCCUUGCAUUAUACCCAUUAUGUGACAGAUCCUGAUUUAUGAUUUCUACUAUUAUAUAAUCAAAUGUACUAGAGUGUAUCUUUUUCUGUAUAAAUGCUUAUUUAUUUAUGCCUCUAGAAUGUUUCCACUGAACGGGAUCUUAGGGCUUGCUUAAAUCCUCUAAAGCAAUGUUGUGAAACUCAAAUAUAAUAUUAACUUAGAAAACCA